AACAUAUAAAUCAAGGUGAACAAGUUGUAUAUCAAUAUAUAUCAUGCCUAGAUCAUUGGAUCCUCUUGUUAUUGGACGUGUAAUAGGAGAUGUCUUGGAUCCUUUUACAUGUUGUGUCUCUAUGAGGAUAAUCUAUAAUAAUAGCCAUGAAGUUAUCAACUGUUGUGAGCUCAAACCCUCACAAAUCAUCAACCAACCAAGAGUUGAAGUUGGUGGAGAUGACCUCAGGAACUGUUACACCCUGGUCAUGGUGGAUCCUGAUGCACCUAGUCCAGGAAAUCCAAAUCAGAGGGAAUAUUUGCACUGGUUAGUAGCCAACAUUCCAGGAACCACAGGAGCAAACUUUGGUGAAGAAGUUGUUGGUUACGAAAGUCCAAGACCUAUGUCGGGGAUUCAUCGUAUUGUUUUCAUACUGUUUCGUCAGACUGGAAGACAAACUAUAUAUGCUCCUGGAUGGCGCCAAAAUUUCAACACCAGAGAUUUUAGCGAGCUUUAUAAUCUUGGAUUACCAGUUGCAGCAACCUACUUCAACUGUAAACGUCAAAAUGUUUCUGCCAGAGAUGGAACUGGAAGAGCCAGAUAAUCCCAACAAGUCAACCCUCAAUUUGGUAAAACCAAAGAUUAGUGUUUCACGGGAUUAAUUACUUUUUAAAAUUAUUUUUAUUAAAUUGGUCUCUUAAAAAUUAGUGUAUCAUCUUAAUUAGUUUUCGAGGAAAUAAAUUACAAGGUUAAUCACCCAACCUGAAGAAUAUAUCACCCUAUAUAUGCAUCUUUGCAAAAGGGCAGAUUUAUUGGCUGAUUGGUUUUUGAAUGAUUAAUUUGAUAAUGUUUAGGAACAAAUAGAUCGAUACACUGAAUUUUUAGGGACUAGUUUAAUAAUAACAAUUUUCAAAAAAAAAAAAAAAACUAUUGAAGUGAUACACUAAUCAGGGCCCGGGCCCGGGCCGGGUGGUACUCAACUUGCGGGCUUUACUCGAUAAAUAAAGAAUACCCAAAGAUAUAUAUAUAUAGAUAGAUAUAUGAUAAAAUAAAAGUAUACACGUUGGUACAAUAAGUUUCAUGAUAGUGAUCGUGACAGUGUCCUGCCGUAAUUAAGACCAUAUUAGGUUAUUUAAAGUCUAUUUAGUUAGUCUAUUUAGUUGUCUUCAUUUGCUGCCUAAAUGAAGCUAUGAUGCUAUUGGAUGAAUUCUAUUAAAUAAAUGUAUUAUAUUGGGUUGCUAUAUAUUAUAAUAAUUUUUUUU